ACGGUGUCAAAUAUUUAGGGAAUGAGGGAGUACUAUUUACUCAAUCAGAUUGUUUGCAGGUGGUGGAGACGAUGCAAGAUGGAGGUUUUUAAGCAACUACGGCAGCGGCAAUUUUAUAUGAAUGCCAGAUUUUGAUAUAUGAUUUUGUUAAAGUCUCUGUUGAGCAUUGUAAUAGGGAAGCAAAUUGUGUGGCACAUGUUGUAGGCUUGUAGCUAAUUAUACUUUUAAGUUUAAGAAUUCUUAUAAUUGGAUUGAUGAGACUCCAAUUUUCUAGCUGAACAUUAUAGUGAACGAUGUAAUUAUGUUUGCAGAUUAAUAAAGCGUGCCAAAUUGCUUAAAAAAAACACUAGUAAAAGCUUCUAGACCUGAACGGGGCUUGUUUUUAAAAAUAAUAUUCAAGAAAUAAAAAACAAAAACAAUUUGACUCAGAUAUUUACUUCAGAAAAUCACGCGUUUGCACUUUUAUACCAGUGCGACUAGUUUCAAACUUCGAAUUCCACCUACUCCCCAAAGUCUCGCCAGUCGCCUCGCCACCCGAACGUUGGCAGCCACGCAGCACCAGCGGCCUCCUCGCUCUCCUCGCCGACCACACCGCAAACACCUGGCGAGCGCCACCACCUAGACGCCGCUGCCGCCGCCGCCUCCCACACUUGGCGGCCAUGUCGCGGCGCAGGGCGGCCGCUGUGGCGGCGGCGGCGCGGGAGGAGGAGGAGGCGUCGCCCGCUCAGCGUCUCGUGGAGGCUGCCCUACGGGGGGACGUGGUGACCAUGGAGGCGUGCCUGGCGGCCGCCGCCGCCGCUGCCGCAGCGGACGACGACACGGACGAUGGCGUGCCCGCGGCGAGCCGCGUCGGGGUGGCGCGCCUGCGGGUGAGGUGCGCUGAGGUGGCCCUCCGCGAGGAGGCGGCCGGGGAGGUGAUCGUGGAGUCCCGCGAGCUCAAGACCGACGUCUCGCCGCUCUUCGCCGCCGCGCACGCCGGUCAUGCCGAAGUUGUUCGCACCCUCCUGGUUGCUGGAGCUGAUGUUAAUCAAAAGUUAUUUCUAGGCUAUGCAACAACAGCUGCCGCACGUGAAGGAAACAUCCAUAUUCUAGAGAUGCUUCUGCAGGCUGGAGUCACUCGGGAAGCUUGUGAAGAUUCCCUAUCAGAGGCUGCUCUUUUUGCUGAGGCUGAAGCCGUUCGGCUAUUAGUCUGUUCAGAGAUGAUACAGCCUGAAGCUGCAGCACAUGCUUUGGUGACUGCUUCUUCAAGAGGCUUUGAUGAUGUUGUGGUCAUACUACUGCAGAAUGGGGUUGACGUUAAUUCCAUGGCUAGGGUCCUCUUGAGGUCUGUUAAGCCUGCACUACAUGCUAAUGUGAAUUGCACUCCACUGGUGGCAGCAGUAAUGAGCCGGCAAAUUUCAACUGUGAAACUCUUGAUUGAGGAAGGCUCUUACUUGGACUGUCUUGUGCAAGUUGGUUCUUGGUGUUGGGACUCUGCAACGGGUGAAGAACUUCGUGUUGGUGCAUGCCUUGGGGAAAAAUACAACGCCAUUUGGUGUGCAGUAGAGUACUACGAAUGCAGUGGUGAAAUCCUCAAAUUGCUGCUCGAUAAAGCACCAUGGUUGCUGGAAACCCCACGCAAGGGUCGAAAUCUUCUUUGCCAUGCCAUACUCUGUCAGAACCCGAAUGCAGUAAGCGUGCUUCUAAAUGCUGGUGCCAAUCCCAGAUUUCCCAUAAUGAUGACAAACGGCACACACGUCUCCUACCCAAUACAUUUUGCUGCAAGGUUGGGUCAUGCGCCCGUACUGAAACAACUCAUGUUGGAUGGGGCUAAUAUCAAUGCGCAGACUUCUACUGGGGACACUCCUCUGAUGGUCUCUGCGAGGUGUGGACACUCCGAUUGCUUUCUUGAACUGAUCAAAUCAGGGGCAGACCUUGGGAUAGUGAACAAUGCAGGUGACACAGCAAUAAUGCUUGCUAAGAAAAGCUCAUUUAGCUCAACCAUCAUCGACAUUCUUUCCAGAGCAUUGAGUUGCGGAGGCUGCAUCACUUCAUCGGAUAUCACCGUCUUCUCUCCGCUGCACUUCUUCGCUGCAAGUGACAGUGCAGAAGCUCUUCUAAUGACGCUACACUACUCAGCAGCAGAUCUGAACAGGCCUGAUGGUUCAGGGCUCACUCCUGUUAUGGUUGCUGCAGAGUCAGGCCAUGCUGACAUUUUCAGGCUUCUAGUGAUGGCGGGGGCAGAUAUCGCUGCCACGAGUGCCGAAGGGAAAUCCGCGAUGUCGAUCAUCCGAAGCAGAGCUCCUGAAACCAGAGAUCGGUUCGAACAGAUCUUACUCCAGGCUUCGCUCGCGGAUGCGAUCGCAGGCCAGCAGCCAUCUUUCAGACCCCUGCACUACGCGGCCCGGAUCGGCGACACCUCCUCCCUGACGCAGCUCCUGAAGAUGGGCCACGAUCCCAACGCGAUGGACGAGGAUGGCUACACGCCGCUGAUGCACGCGGCCGCCGCAGGCAAGCUGGAGGCGUGCAGGGCGCUGGUGUCGCGCGGCGGCGCCGCCGACGCGGGGAGCGAGACGGCGCUGUCGGUGGCGAGGAGGAGCGGCAGGUCGAACAAGGCGACGGAGGAGUGGCUGCUGGACCACGUGGCGCGCGCCCACGUGCUCGCCGGGGAGGAGCUGACGAAGCACACGCGCGGGGGCCGGGGUCCGCCGCACCGCAAGGCGGUGCGGAUGAUGCGGUCCGGCGUGCUGACGUGGGGGGCGACCCGCCGGAGGAACGUGGCCUGCAGGGAGGCCCGGGCGGGGCCCAGCGCGGCGUUCAGGAGGAACAGGAGGAUCAUCAGGACGGGCAGCGAGGAGCAGCUGAUCCUAAUGGUGGAGACGGUGACCGGGAGGGAGAUCCACUUCGAGGCCACCUCCGCGUCCAGCGUCGAGCUAUGGGUCAGAGGCAUCAAUCUCAUCGUGCAAGACUGCGCGUGGUCAAGGCCGGAUGAAGCUGAGCAAGCAUAGUCAUAUCACUCGUAUCCAUAAUGGAGGAGACUGCCCACUGUCUGCAAGACGCCUUGCAAUUAUUUCAUAUUGUAAGUAUGCAUUUUGCUCUCUAAGUUAAUAUGUUUACUAUCUUGUUUAGCGCUUGUAAAUUAACUAUUUAUUAGCUGUUUGUACAAAGGACGUAUUUAUAAUGCCCCCCUUGGCGUGUUUUGAGUCCAGAGGUUCAGGUUUGAGGUGGGGAGCCUUGAAAUGAGAAUGGCUUUUUUUUUUUUUUACAUGUAAUGACCUUAAAUUAUAUUUGUGAAUGUAUAUACACGUUAUUUUUUC